UUAGUGGUCUUAGAAGUUUUAAAAACCUUUUUAGAACCCCUUAAUAUUGUGUCAGAUUCCUGUUAUGUGGUAAAUGCAGUAAAUCUUUUAGAAGUGGCUGGAGUGAUUAAGCCUUCCAGUAGAGUUGCCAAUAUUUUUCAGCAGAUACAAUUAGUUUUGUUAUCUAGAAGAUCUCCUGUUUAUAUUACUCAUGUUAGAGCCCAUUCAGGCCUACCUGGCCCCAUGGCUCUGGGAAAUGAUUUGGCAGAUAAGGCCACUAAAGUGGUGGCUGCUGCCCUAUCAUCCCCGGUAGAGGCUGCAAGAAAUUUUCAUAAUAAUUUUCAUGUGACGGCUGAAACAUUACGCAGUCGUUUCUCCUUGACAAGAAAAGAAGCCCGUGACAUUGUUACUCAAUGUCAAAGCUGCUGUGAGUUCUUGCCAGUUCCUCAUGUGGGAAUUAACCCACGCGGUAUUCGACCUCUACAGGUCUGGCAAAUGGAUGUUACACAUGUUUCUUCCUUUGGAAAACUUCAAUAUCUCCAUGUGUCCAUUGACACAUGUUCUGGCAUCAUGUUUGCCUCUCCGUUAACCGGAGAAAAAGCCUCACAUGUGAUUCAACAUUGUCUUGAGGCAUGGAGUGCUUGGGGGAAACCCAGACUCCUUAAGACUGAUAAUGGACCAGCUUAUACGUCUCAAAAAUUCCAGCAGUUCUGCCGUCAGAUGGACGUAACCCACCUGACUGGACUUCCAUACAACCCUCAAGGACAGGGUAUUGUUGAGCGUGCGCAUCGCACCCUCAAAGCCUAUCUUAUAAAACAGAAGAGGGGAACUUUUGAGGAGACUGUACCCCGAGCACCAAGAGUGUCGGUGUCUUUGGCACUCUUUACACUCAAUUUUUUAAAUAUUGAUGCUCAUGGCCAUACUGCGGCUGAACGUCAUUGUUCAGAGCCAGAUAGGCCCAAUGAGAUGGUUAAAUGGAAAAAUGUCCUUGAUAAUAAAUGGUAUGGCCCGGAUCCUAUCUUGAUAAGAUCCAGGGGAGCUAUCUGUGUUUUCCCACAGAAUGAAGACAACCCAUUUUGGGUACCAGAAAGACUCACCCGAAAAAUCCAGACUGACCAAGGGAAUACUAAUGUCCCUCGUCUUGGUGAUGUCCAGGGCGUCAAUAAUAAAGAGAGAGCAGCGUUGGGGGAUAAUGUCGACAUUUCCACUCCCAAUGACGAUUACUCUGAAGCUCUCUCUGGCCUUUCUACUUCAUAUGCUGCUUUGCUCAGAAUUAAGAAGAGUUCAACCUCACCCUUUGGUUCCAAGUCCAGACCACGGUUCAGCAGUCCUUCAUUAGGUACCAUCAGUGUUUCUCCACCAAGCUGGCGAGGGGCAGCUCAGCAGUACCACUCCCCAGGCAACCUUUAUCACUCCUCAGAUGCCUUCAGACAAGAUGAAAGUGUGGAUUAUGGGCCAGUAUUUGUGCAAGAACCUGAUGAUGUCAUUUUUCCAACUGAUUCUGAUGAAAAGAAGGUAGCUCUAAAUUGUGAAGUUCGUGGCAACCCAUCUCCUAGUUACAGAUGGCUUCGGAAUGGAACUGAAAUAGCUCUGGAGAGUGACUAUCGCUACAGUCUGAUAGACGGCACCUUCAUCAUCAGCAAUCCAAGUGAACUCAGGGAUUCUGGCCUGUACCAGUGCUUAGCCACCAACUCUUUUGGAAGUAUUCUUAGUCGAGAAGCCACUCUUCAGUUUGCCUAUCUGGGAAAUUUUAGUGGCCGGACAAGAAGUGCAGUCUCAGUGCGGGAAGGCCAGGGGGUUGUUCUGAUGUGCUCUCCACCACCACAUUCUCCAGAGAUCAUCUAUAGCUGGGUCUUCAAUGAGUUCCCUUCCUUUGUGGCAGAGGACAGCCGGCGGUUCAUAUCCCAAGAGACAGGCAACCUUUAUAUUUCUAAAGUGCAAACAUCCGAUGUUGGCAGCUACAUUUGUCUGGUGAAAAAUGCUGUGACAAAUGCUCGCGUGCUCAGUCCUCCAACCCCACUCACGCUGCGAAAUGAUGGUGUGAUGGGAGAAUAUGAGCCAAAAAUUGAGGUCCAUUUUCCUUUCACUGUCACAGCUGCUAAGGGAACAACUGUGAAGAUGGAAUGCUUUGCACUUGGCAACCCGGUUCCAACAAUUACUUGGAUGAAGGUUAACGGUUACAUUCCUAGUAAGUCCAGACUGCGGAAAUCCCAGGCAGUGCUGGAGAUUCCAAACCUGCAGCUGGAUGAUGCCGGAAUAUACGAAUGCACAGCUGAAAACUCCCGUGGAAAAAACUCCUUUCGUGGACAGCUACAAAUAUUCACAUACCCACACUGGGUACAGAAACUGAAUGAUACCCAGCUGGACAGUGGGAGUCCUCUGCAGUGGGAAUGCAAGGCUACUGGAAAGCCCAGACCCACAUACCGCUGGCUGAAGAAUGGAGCACCCCUCUUGCCGCAGAGCAGAGUGGACACAGUGAAUGGAAUAUUGGCGAUCCAGAGUGUGAAUCAAUCAGAUGCUGGGAUGUAUCAGUGUUUGGCUGAGAAUAAAUAUGGAGCUAUUUAUGCGAGUGCUGAGCUGAAGAUUCUAGCUUCGCCGCCCUCCUUCGAACUGAAUCAAGUGAAGAAAUCCAUAAUUGUUACCAAAGACCGGGGAGUGCUCAUAGAGUGCGAACCCCAGGGAUCUCCAAAGCCAGCCAUCUCCUGGAGGAAGGGAGACAAGGCAGUGAGGGCGAAUAAAAGUGUAUCCUUUUUCUCCACUGUGGUACAAAGAACUAGGGGGACUUGUGUGGUCAUGAAUGGCUGGGGACCUAAACUUGCAAGAAGGAGAAUAGCUAUUCUUCCAGACGGAAGCCUGAGGAUCCUAAACGCUUCUAAAGCAGAUGAGGGGAAGUACAUUUGCCAAGGGGUGAACAUCUUCGGUUCUGCAGAGAUUAUAGCUUCCCUGUCUGUCAAAGAACCCACAAGGAUAGAGCUUACUCCUAAAAGAACAGAGUUAACUGUUGGAGAGAGCAUUGUCCUCAACUGUAAAGCUAUCCACGACGCCAGUUUGGACGUCACUUUCUACUGGACAUUAAAAGGACAACCUAUUGAUUUUGAGAAAGAAGGCGGACAUUUUGAAAACAUCAGGGCUCAAGCAUCCUCUGCAGAUUUAAUGAUCAGGAACAUCCUUCUGAUGCAUGCUGGGAGAUAUGGCUGCAGGGUACAGACCACAGCAGACAGUGUGUCAGAUGAGGCAGAACUUCUUGUUAGGGGUCCCCCAGGGCCACCUGGAGUGGUCAUAGUAGAGGAGAUUACAGAAAGCACAGCCACUCUCUCAUGGAGUCCAGCAACUGACAACCAUAGCCCCAUCUCUUCUUACAACCUUCAGGCUCGCAGCCCCUUCUCCCUGGGCUGGCAAACAGUGAAGACAGUCCCAGAAGUCAUCACAGGAGACAUGGAGUCAGCAAUGGCUGUGGACCUAAACCCCUGGGUAGAAUAUGAAUUCCGAGUGGUGGCCACCAAUCCAAUUGGGACAGGAGAUCCAAGCAUUCCAUCUCGAAUGAUCCGCACAAAUGAGGCAGUUCCAAAGACGGCACCCAGCAACGUGAGUGGAAGAAGUGGAAGAAGGCAUGAGUUGGUCAUUGCCUGGGAGCCAGUAUCAGAAGAGUUUCAGAAUGGGGAAGGCUUCGGCUACAUAGUGGCAUUCAGACCUAAUGGAACACGUGGCUGGAAGGAGAAAAUGGUUACGUCUUCGGAGGCGUCCAAGUUCAUUUACCGAGAUGAAAGUGUCCCUCCUCUCACACCCUUUGAGGUCAAAGUUGGUGUUUAUAAUAAUAAAGGUGAUGGGCCUUUCAGCCAGAUCGUAGUCAUCUGUUCAGCUGAGGGAGAACCCACUGCUGCUCCCACUGACGUCACAGCAACCAGUGUGUCAGUGUCAGAGAUUUUUGUUGUAUGGAAACAUGUUAAGGAGAGUCUUGGAAGACCACAGGGGUUUGAGAUUAGUUACUGGAAAGAUACCGAGCCAGAAGACUCCGUAGAAACAGUCCGAACCAGAGGGAAUGAGUCAUUCGUCAUGUUGACGGGAUUGGAAGGCAACACACUCUAUCACCUCACAGUCAGGGCUUACAAUGGAGCCGGCUAUGGGCCACCCAGCAGGGAAGCAAGCACCACCACAAAGAGGCACCCCCCUAGGGAGCCACCUGGCAACCUCCGGUGGGAGCAGCAGGGCUCCCAAGUUUCCCUAGGCUGGGAGCCAGUCAGACCCCUAGCCAAUGAGUCUGAAGUCAUGGGUUACAAGGUUUUUUAUAGGCAAGAGGGUCACAGCGAAGGUCAAGUUAUUGAGACACAGAAACCUCAAGCUGUAGUGCCUCUACCUGAGGCUGGAGUCUACAUUAUUGAAGUUCGAGCGUACAGUGAGGGAGGAGAUGGAACAGCUAGCUCCCAAAUCAGGGUUCCUUCAUAUUCAGAAAACCCUAAGAAGAAAGCAGAAUGAUAGAUCCUGGAGUAAGAAGAUGAAUAACAGAAAUCAAAGUAGACUGUGUCAUGGCUCAGGUAUUUGAACACUUGGUCCUCAGCUAGUGGUACUGUCUGGAAAAAUGUGAAAUCUUUAAGAGACUGAGGCUUGGUGAAACAAGUAGAUCACUGGGGGCAGGAUUGAAGCUUUAUAGUCUGGACCUACUCAUUUUUCCAAAUGCAGAUGUAAUUUGAGUAGCAGCUUUUGGCUCCUCUUAAAACAACAUGGAUUUCCUGCCAUGCCUUUCUCACCAUGAUAGGCUGGAGUCACCUGAAACUGUAAGCCAAAAAUAAACCCUUUCUUCCUUGAGUGCCUUUGUAAGGAAAUUUCAUCAAAGCAAUGAGGAAGUAACUAAGAAAGAAUUUAAUCUAAAACAUGUUUUUUUUUCCUUUGCUUUAUUUUUCAUUUUUCUUUUUUUUCAAGACAAGGUUUCUCUGUGUAGCUCAAUCAGUAGAUCAGGAUACACUCAAACUCAGAGAUCUGCUUGCCUCUGUGUCCCUAAUGCUGGGAUUAAAAGCAUGCCCACCACUGCGCAGCCUAAAUAUCUUUUUUUAAUGAAAUGUGUACAACACAGUUUUAGGGCUAUAUUUUUUGUUAAAUGUAUCCUAUAUUUCACAGUAUCUGAAGUACAAUAAUAUCUGAUAAAAUAAACAUACCAGAACAUGGCAUACAGUGUAUCCUUCACAAAUAUUUAAAUAAAAAUAAGAGGAGAAUGAAAGAUAAGAAAGAAAGGGAACUGACAAAAUGUUACCAAUAUGCAGACAGUAAAUCAGAAACAAAGAUUACUUCUUCAAAGCUUUGCUUUAAAGAUGUAUUCAUAGGAUAAAAUUAUCUCUGACAACAUCCCAUAGAUGAUAAAAUGAUGGAGUGACAAAGCCAGAAACCUGUGUAUGCUGUGACUUUCUUCCAAGUUCCCAGCAGACCCAUCAUUCUGCUGUUGAAAGCUGAUGGAAACGGAAAUAAUGGUGAGAUGCAAGCCAUUCAAAAGCACCCCACUUGUUUCCUCUUGCUUCAUACAGCGCUUAUAUCCACAAAUACACAUUCUGAACCCAUUUCAUUCCUCAGCCACUUCAUUGUACAACAGGGACAACUUAAGGGGACUUACAGGUGAAAAAUGAAUUUUAUAUUAUCAUAAAAGUAGACUCAGUUCAUCCAUGCCCAAGGUGAUACAGCUACAAGGAGUGAAUAUUCCUUUUAUUAAUCUGUUUAAAUGACAUCGAAAGGAAAUUGCCCCUCACUAAUCUUUCCAUUGUUCAUUGAAUUUUAUGCUUUCUUCCUUUAGCCAGCAGUCAUUAUAGUAAAUACAGAGUUCUACCUCAUGGUCCAUCAGGAGCCAGGCUAUAUGAUAUAAGGACAGAUGGUUAGAGGAAACAUGGUUGAUCAUUUCAUCAAAAAUUAUAGAAAAUCAAAAGUUCUAAAUUUUUACUUUUAAUGAAAUGCUUAGGCAAAUGUCUCUUUACUAAAUGGAAGUUGGACCACAGCCUUUGAGAUAGUUUAAGAUUGUAUGUGGUAAAUCCUUUCACUAAAACUGGGCCACCAAAAAUUCUUAACGCUUCAGAAAUCUGAAGGUCCAUGCUAAAGAAACAUAGACACACAAGCAAAUUAUUCACUCUUAUGGGCCAUAGCCAGAUCUAGGAGGAAGGCAAAGACAUUUUCAAGAAUAAAAGGACAGAGGAUCUCCAGGAGAAGGACCUGCUGCAGACACAGGAAACAGUGAAUUCAGAUAAAAAUGAAUGGACUGAUAUGGAGGGUAAAUAAAUUGGAGCUGAUCAGGGAUCAUAAGUGUCCUUGUAGAAAGUCACACCAAGAAGCCCUUGCAUUAUAUGGGAAGUUAGUGAUGGGUACAAACAAAGGGUGCAAAUAAUCUAGUUUGUUCUUACAUCCAGGGAAAAAAGCAUGAACACAGCACACUGACAUACUCAGCUGAUAGUAGCGUUUGUCUGAGCAUAGUAUAAAGACUCAAGUACCUGUCAUUAACUUAAUAAAGUGUCAAAAUAAUAUUAGAAUAGCUGUUCUAUUAUCCAUGACAGCAAAUUGAUGGAUUAUGUAUAAACCUGAUAAGUCAAAAGGCAAAAAUCAAACUCUAUUUUAGCUUGAGAGUACUGUUCCUUCUGUGGAGGAAACAGAUGUGUGCACAGUAAUGGUGGUUGAAAAAACGCAAGCCAUGCUUGUAAAAUGACCUAGGUUCCUAAGUUGCCUAGUGAAAGGGUGCUUGCUGGGAACUAUAGGAGGUGAAGUCAUCAUCCUGAGAAUAGUCUUGCAUCACAGAAGAAACUGAAGGACGAAGCAGAUGAUUUGGCAAGUUAGGUCAUUGCAGAUUAUGCACAAGGACCACAGUUCAGGUACCAAAUCUCAAGUGGAAGUCAGAUUAUUGUGUCAGCCUUCAUGUCGCAGGACACAGGAGGUGGAGCGAUGGAAUCUCUUGGGCAUGUAACUAUCCAAACAAGCCUAAGCAGUGAGAUCCAGGCUUAGAGAGAGGUGUUGCCUCAAUGUGUAAGUCGGAAGUGAUGGAGUGUAUUAGUCAGGGUUCUCUGGAGUCACAGAACUUAUGGAUAGUCUCUAGAUAGUAAAGGAAUUUAUUGAUGACUUACAGUCGGCAGCCCAAUUCCCAACAAUUGUUCAGUCACAGCUGUGAAUGGAAGUCCAAGGAUCUAGCAGUUACUCAGUCUCACACAGCAAACAGGCAAAGGAGCAAGAGCUAGAGCUAGACUCCCUUCUUCCAAUGUCCUUAUAUUGUCUCCAGCAGAAGGUGUAGCCCAGAUUAAAGGUGUGUUCCACCACACCCUUAAUCCCAGAUGAAAAGGUGUAGCCCAGAUGACAGGUGUGUUCCUUAAACUCGGAGAUUCAAUCUUCUGGAAUCCAUAGCCACUAUGGCUCAAGAUCUCCAAACCAAGAUCCAGAUAAGGAUCUCCAAGCCUCAAGAUAAGGGUCACUGGUGAGCCUUCCAAUUCCGGAUUGUAGUUCAUUCCAAAUAUUGUCAAAUUGACAACCAGGAAUAGCCACUACAUGGAGGAAGACGCCAAACUCAUGUCUACAUUCCCAAACACAGAUAUACACACUCACAAAUGUCCCGUCCAGCAGGACCCAGUUAUUUGUGGGUGCGAGGGGGACGGCAAACCUGGAAGAGAAAUGAGCGAGAAAGAAGAGCAGAGACCAAGGAGGAUUCCUGUUAAGGUCUCAGCUUAUUAGACUGAAAUGCCAGGUUAUAAGCACACAGCAAGGGGAAAUAGGGAGGGGCUGAGGGGGAAUUAACAAAGAACAAAGAAGUGGGCAUCUGGGGACAUGAAGGCUGAAUUCAGACUGCAGGCAGGAGGCACUCUGAGUCUUAUCUCUGAAAUGUAGAUUCCUCCUUAACAGUCCUGGGUGUCAGGCUGGGCUCAGCACAUAACUCAUGUCCUUAGAAGUCUUGGGAGUUAGGAAGAGAUAAGGAAGAGGGGACUAUAAUUCAAUCUUUUAGGGUCUUUGGUGCCAGCAAGAGAUAGGGUGGAGGAGGCGACUGGCUCCUUAACACAAGGGCAUUUGGCUUAUAAGGGCGGGAAGCUGCGAAAGGCUUACUUUCUCACGGUAUGGUCUCCAACACACAAAAACAUACACAUACAUGUUUACACACACUACAUGUGUACACACAGAAAAUAAAAAUAUAAAGUGGCCAGGUAUGGUACAGCCAGCCUUCAUUUCAACACUGGAGAGGCAAAGGCAUGCAGGCCUCUGAAUUAGUCCAGGGAAGAGAGAAACCAAAUAUUGAAAAGUAGUUUAAAGUAAGAAAGAUGAUGGUUGUCAAUUGACAUUAUAACACAUAUAUUUCAUAAGCCUAAUUAUAGAAAAUGGUGUUAAAUAUUACAGCUUUAUUUCUUAAAACAUACAAAUUAAUCAGCUUUUGUAAUUUCCUCACUGGAGUAUAUGCUCCUCAAACAAAAACCAGUUACUAGGUGGGGGCUUUAAAAAAGAUGUUGCCUCUGCUCAUCACUCUGGUUGUCAGGGCCUGUGACCCUGAGUAAGAAAGAAUUGUUUUGUUUAUGAAUUUUAAUCAUUAAACAACAAACAGCUAUGAUAAUUAUCACUGUUAUAGCCAAUACUUCAUAAUGUGCAAAGUGUAUCAAGCAUUAUUCUAAGCUUUGCCUACAUUAAAAUAUCCACUUCAAGCCUGGGGAGAAGGCUCAGUUGGUAACAUGCUUGCCAUGAGAGCAUGGGGACUGGAGUCAGAUCACCAGCGCUCCCAUAAGAAAGCCUUGGCAUUACAUCUAUAGUCCUAGGGCUAGGGAGACAGAGAGGAUCCCUGGAGCAUGGUGGCAGAUGAAGAGUAAUGAUGUCUUAUUCUUUUAUCUUCUUGUCUUUUCAAUUUGGGCUGAAUCAUGUGUUAUUGGCUAGGCUAAAUUUUGUCCCACAAUUACCAUAAUCAAUAAAUAACUGAUAUAAAUACCAAAUAAACAACAAUCACCUCAAACAUAGUAGAACCUGUGCUGAAAGGAAGAAAUGAGGACUGACAAGCUACCCAGAGUGAGAGCUUUUGUCAUAGAUAAUACAGCAUAUACUUUGCUUUGUCCAACAACAUAUUGGUUUGUGUGACACAAACUAAAACUGGACAGCCCUAAUAUCUUCCCACUUGCCCUCACUCUUGUUCUUUGCUGCUGUCAUCUGCUUUUCCUCUAAACAGUGUGCAUGGUGGCACCCACUGGAGACAUCAGCACUGGGGAGAUUAUGGGCAGCAGGAGGGUCAUGGUAUCCAGUUAAGCAUGGGCUACCUAACACUACAGCCCCAUCAAAAAAAAAAAAAAAAAAAAAAAAAAGGAAGAAAGAAAGAAAGAAAAAAAGAAAAGAAAUGAAAAGAAGAGAAAAGAAAAGAAAGGAAAAGGUAUGACAACAGAAAAAGAAAAUGGUAGACAUUCCAGGGGCCACCCUUUAAAGAAAACUGACUCUCUCUCUCAGCACCCACCAAUGUCCAAGAACUCCUCAGCUAAAGCUGGGACUUCAUACCCAACCCUGGACUCCAUGCUGGGAUUUUGUCUGGAUGAGGAUUGCAGAGCUGUUAAAAACCACUGUGAGUUCAUAGCUCCAGCUGAAGGUCACACAUCCAGGAGUUACAUGGGCAGAGCAAAUCAAACUUGAUAGGGUUGUAAAAGAUUAAGAAAGAAGACAGACGUGGGUGGGUCAGAAGGUGAGGGUGAAUCUGAGAGGAGUGGGGAAGACAGGAGCAAAUAUGAUCAAAUCAUAUUGUAUAAGCUUCUCAGGAAACUUUUCUAAAGGGGGAAAGGAAACAAAGGAAACCUAAAUAAUCAGAGUUCAAUCCAUCUUGGGUCAACCAAUAUAUCCCACCAAGGUCAGCCAUGAUGACACACAGCUGAAUCCAGCUCUAAAGCACCAGAAGAUCUGGCCCUAAAUCUAUGCUUGCCUCUCUAAACUACUGACUUCUGGUGGGCAGGGGCUAUGCCAUGUUAUGGCAAGGGACAAACUGGUGUUAGGUGUCAAAUAAAGUCUAGGCGCCUAGCACCUGGUAGGACUUAUACUAGUUUAAAUUCAGCCUCCAUGCUUGCCAUGUGCCCUAAGGGGGCAACAGUGAAAAACUAAAUCCUGUGCAUCUCUGCCCUCAACACAAGGACAGACAUGAAUCUACACAUGAAUCAUGAAAAACUGAAACAUUGUUUUCAGACUGGAGGGAGUCAAAGAGAAUAUGACAUUAAUUUUUAAAGGUUACACAUGUCCACUGUAAACUAUUCUAAAUCUUAGCAGAUCUUGUUCCCUGAUGGUGUUAGUAAAGAAAUUCACAAUUACCUGUAGAUUCAUUAAACAAAUCAAUCCUCUAAUGCUAUCACAUUCAUUCUCAUUAGUGCUAUGAUUGCCCUGAUCAAAAUAAAUAUAGGCCUAUCGACUGCCAGGAGUGAUUUCCUCUCAGAAAUAUUUGCUCUUCAUUAAGACUCAGAGACCACAUUGGCUUAUUCUGUGUAGGCUUUAGAAAAUUUAAUUCAAACUAACCCUUCUCCCAAAGAAGGCAAUGCUGACAUAUCCUUGGAAUCAUCUUCCAAAUUUUGUUUUUCACUAUUUAUAACUGGAUCGAAACUUUUACUAGAUGAUGUUUAUUAUAAUUGAUUGUUAAGCAACAGCAAAAUUAUAUUACGAAAUGCAAUGAGCCUGAUGUGGUGGUUCAUGCCUUGAGAGUGUGGUACAGGAGUGUCACAAGUUCAAGGUCAAUCUCAACCACAAAAUGGGUUCCUUGAUAGCUAGAUCUACAUUGUGAUACCUUGUCUCAAAGCAAAAACAACAAAAAGAUGCCAAGAAUCUGCUAUAUAUAUAAGCUACUAUCAGGGAGGCUAGAAAACAUCCAAAACAGGGCAAACUUGCAUAGAUGUGACUAUAGAAAGAUGGAAGCUAGGCUUUAUCGGAGUUGGUCCAAUGUUGCCUUGCAAUCUGCCAAAUGGGAG